GAAGUCGGUGGACGAUCUGUGCUUCUCACUCAGUGGACGUCUCAGCAUCCUGCCUGGCCUCCUGAACACCGGAGCUGAAGAGCUGCCCGCAAACCAUUUCAGAACGACCAGCUCUGGUCGGACGAGAACAAUGUAGUGAUCCCAGCCAGUCACCGUGUAGUGUGUCAGAUCUUCAUCCAGAAACUUCAGACGCGGGAUGCAGACACGUGGCUGCUCAAGAAACCAUAUCAAGAUGGAGGUUGAUGCAGAUGAAAAACGCCACCGCACACGCUCCAAAGGUAUUCGAGUUCCCGUGGAACCAGCCAUACAGGAGCUGUUCAGCUGUCCUACUCCUGGCUGUGAUGGCAGCGGUCACGUUAGUGGCAAAUAUGCAAGACACAGAAGUGUUUACGGUUGUCCUUUGGCCAAGAAAAGAAAAACACAGGAGAAGCAGCCCCAAGAGCCCGCUCCCAAAAGGAAACCAUUUGUGGUGAAAGCAGACAACUCCUCGGUGGAUGAAUGUUACGACACAGAUGGAACGGAGGAGAUGGACGAAAAGGAGGAAGAGGAGGAGGAGGAGGACGAGGAGGAGGACUAUUCCGAUGAGGAACAAGGGGACGAGGACGAGGAUGACGAAGAGAUUGAUCGAGAGGAUGAGGAGAUUGAAGAGGAGGAGGAAGAUGAUGAAGAGGAAGGAGAGGAUGUGGAGGACGAGGAGGAAGAAGAGGAGGAGGAAGAAGAGGAAGAGGAGGAGGAGGAGGAGGAAGAAGAUGAAGAAGAAGAAGAACAUGAAGACCAUCAAAUGAAUUGUCACAAUACUCGAAUCCUGCAAGACACGGAAAAAGACGAUAACAAUAACGACGAGUAUGACAAUUACGAUGAGCUGGUGGCCAAGUCGUUGCUAAAUCUCGGGAAAAUCGCAGAGGACGCAGCCUACAGAGCCAGGACGGAGUCAGAGAUGAACAGCAAUACGUCUAAUAGUCUGGAAGACGAAAGCGACAAAAAUGAAAACCUGGGUCGGAAAAGUGAGCUGAGUCUAGACUUAGACAGCGACGUGGUAAGGGAAACCGUGGACUCUCUUAAACUCUUAGCCCAAGGCCACGGCGUAGUUCUGUCGGAAAACAUCAACGACAGAGGUUACGCGGACAACAUAUCGCAGCAAGAUAAUAGGAAUAUGAACUUUGUGAUGUUAGGGAAGCCCAUGAACAAUGGAUUGAUGGACAAGAUGGUGGAGGAGAGUGAUGAGGAGGUUUGCUUGAGCAGUUUGGAGUGUUUGAGGAACCAGUGCUUUGAUCUGGCCAGGAAACUCAGCGAGACAAACCCGCAGGAGAGGAAUCAGCAGCAGAACAUGAACAUCCGUCAACACGUCAGACAGGAAGAGGACUUCCCAGGGAGGACGCCCGAUAGGAAUUACUCGGACAUGAUGAACUUAAUGAGGCUUGAAGAACAGUUGAGUCCCCGCUCUAGAACUUUUACCAGCUGCGCGAAGGAGGAUGGGUGUCACGAAAGGGACGAUGACACCGCCUCCGUUACUUCGGACAGGUCCGAAGAAGUGUUUGACAUGACCAAGGGCAAUUUAACCCUUCUGGAGAAAGCGAUCGCUUUGGAAACCGAAAGAGCAAAAGCCAUGAGAGAAAAAAUGGCAAUGGAAGCAGGAAGGAGGGACCUGAGGUCGUUUGAAGAACCACCUCCACGACAACUUUCUGGGGAGGAGCGCAAGCCCAAAUCCAGCGACAGCCAUGUCAAAAAGCCAUAUUAUGGUAAAGAUCCCUCAAGAGCAGAAAAGAAAGAGAGCAAAUGUCCAACUCCUGGCUGUGAUGGAACGGGCCAUGUAACUGGACUUUAUCCUCAUCAUCGGAGCUUAUCCGGCUGCCCGCACAAAGACAGGGUCCCACCGGAAAUUCUUGCCAUGCAUGAAAAUGUCCUCAAGUGUCCUACACCAGGCUGCACCGGGAGAGGACACGUAAAUAGCAACAGGAAUUCUCACCGAAGCCUUUCUGGGUGUCCUAUUGCUGCAGCAGAGAAAUUGGCAAAGGCCCAAGAGAAGCAUCAGAGCUGCGACGUGUCCAAAUCAAACCAGGCGUCGGAUCGCGUUUUAAGGCCAAUGUGCUUCGUCAAGCAGUUGGAGAUCCCUCAGUAUGGCUACAGGAACAAUGUCCCCACAUCCACACCUCGCUCCAAUUUGGCCAAGGAACUAGAGAAAUAUUCUAAGACGUCGUUCGAAUAUAACAGUUAUGACAACCAUGCCUAUGGCAAGAGGGCCAUAGCUCCCAAGGUGCAAACCAGGGAUAUAGCCCCCAAAGGAUAUGAUGCUAAACGAUACUGUAAGAAUUCCAGCCCAACGAGCAGCACGACAAGCAGCUACGCCCCCAGUAGCAGCAGCAAUAUGAGUUGCAGCGGCGGCAGCAGCGCCAGCAGUACGUGUAGCAAAAGCAGCUUCGAUUACACCCAUGACUUGGAAGCGGCUCACAUGGCUGCGACCGCCAUUCUGAACCUCUCCACCCGCUGCAGAGAGAUGCCGCAGAACCUCUCGACCAAACCUCAGGACCUCUGUCCCCGGAAUCCUGAUAUGGAAGUAGAUGAAAAUGGAACACUGGAUCUGAGCAUGAACAAGCAGAGGCAGCGUGAUGGAUGUUGCACUAUCUUGACUCCCCUAGAGCCUAUGUCACCUCAACGACAGGCCGUUAUGAAUAAUCGAUGUUUCCAACUGAAUGAAGAGGACUGCUGGGAUUUGCCAGUAGACUACACUAAAAUGAAACCCCGAAGGAUAGACGAAGAUGAUUCCAAAGAGAUUAAUCCAGAAGACUUGGAUCCAUUCCAAGAGGCAUUGGAGGAGCGAAGGUAUCCCGGUGAAGUCACUAUACCAAGUCCCAAGCCCAAAUAUCCUCAGUGCAAAGAGAGCAAAAAGGAUUUAAUAACAUGUCCAACACCAGGGUGUGAUGGGAGUGGUCAUGUGACUGGUAAUUACGCCUCACAUAGAAGUCUGUCUGGCUGCCCCCUGGCUGAUAAAAGCAUUCGAAGUAUGUUGGCCACGACCUCCCAAGAACUCAAGUGUCCCACACCGGGUUGUGAUGGCUCUGGACAUAUUACUGGCAAUUAUGCUUCUCAUCGAAGUCUUUCAGGUUGUCCCCGAGCAAAGAAAAGUGGAAUCAGGAUAGCACAAAGUAAAGAAGACAAAGAAGAUCAAGAGCCAAUUAGAUGUCCGGUUCCGGGUUGUGACGGUCAGGGUCAUAUAACUGGAAAGUAUGCCUCCCAUCGCAGCGCGUCAGGGUGCCCGCUGGCCGCCAAAAGGCAAAAGGACGGAUAUUUAAAUGGCUCCCAGUUCUCCUGGAAGUCAGUGAAGACGGAAGGUAUGUCAUGUCCCACCCCAGGAUGUGAUGGUUCAGGACACGUCAGUGGUAGUUUCCUUACGCAUCGGAGUCUCUCAGGAUGCCCUAGAGCCACCUCAGCAAUGAAGAAAGCAAAGCUGUCCGGAGAACAAAUGUUAACAAUCAAACAGAGGGCCAGUAAUGGUAUAGAAAAUGAUGAAGAAAUUAAACAGUUAGAUGAAGAAAUCAAGGAGCUAAAUGAAUCCAAUUCCCAGAUGGAAGCCGAUAUGAUUAAGCUCAGAACUCAGGUAACAAUUACCACAAUGGAGAGCAACCUGAAGACGAUAGAAGAGGAGAACAAAGUAAUUGAACAGCAAAAUGAGUCUCUUCUUCAUGAACUGGCCAAUUUAAGCCAGUCUUUAAUUCAUAGUCUAGCUAAUAUCCAGCUGCCACAUAUGGAUCCAAUCAAUGAACAAAAUUUUGAUGCUUACGUGACCACUUUGACGGACAUGUAUACAAAUCAAGAUCGUUAUCAGAGUCCAGAAAAUAAAGCCCUACUGGAAAAUAUAAAGCAGGCUGUGAGAGGAAUUCAGGUCUGAACAGCUGCUGUAGUGGUGGAAAUCUUGCUUAAAAAAAAGGAUGCCUCUUGUUUUUUGCUGCUGUAAUUUACCAGAAAGUGUUCUAUAUUUAUUUCUGUUUGAAACAGUGUUAUGCUUACAAGACUUCAUGAUGAUUUUAUGUCUUGCUUUAAAGAUAGUAACUGCAGAAUAGUUUUUUGAAUACAUUCACAUUUUGUACGUUUUCAUAUAUGCUGACAUAGUGUGAGAUGCCAUGUAAUGUUUAUAGCUGCUAAUGUAUGCACAUUUUUGGGGUAUAUAUAUUUCUGAAGAGGUAAGCUGAUCAAAAUAAAUAGAGUGUAAAUUCUUUUUAAUGCUUUAGUGAUUAAAUGUUUUAGUAUUUUGAACUGAAAUGGACAAAAAAAAAAACAGCUUUGAAUGACAAUGUUGCGGUCUCUGCAGCCACUUUUUAAAACACUCUCAUUUUGCCUCAUGUUGGAGGAUUUUAUGGGAUUUGAGAAAUACAUUUUGUGUGCAUAUUGUUUCAUAGCAAGAAUUGGUUGCAAAAAUGCUUUAUUUUUGAACAAUGCUUGAAAAUGUGUGAUUUUUUGUUUUCAGAGGACGGUUGUUGUUGUGUGGUGGGGCAAUAAAAUGGAGUUUGGGGGAAGCCGAGGAAAUGGCACGGAUUCUAUGUAAGCUAUGAAAUGGGUAAUUUCAUGUAAGACAACAUCAAGCCAUGGAAACUUGACAGAAGAUUCAAAGCAGCUUAAACAGCACUUUUUCAAUUCACUUCUAAGCAUUACAUGGUAUGAAUACGGAAACUUCCAUUCAGACGGGAACUGAUCAGAGGUGGACCACAUGAAGAUUUCUUUUCUUUUCAAGAAAACGUUGGAGCAACGUUCUCUUAAAUCCCCAGGAUUUCUUAGCGCCCCUCUGAACUGUCUGCUUUUUACGAUGUAGUUCAAUUUUUUCCCCCCCCGCCGAAUUGGGGUGCUUUCGUUUUAAGAUGAAGGGUGUUGAUUUCAAAACACAGAUGUUCCCUUUUUGGCCUUUUAUUUUUGGGGGGAUGGAUGCCAGUUAUUUGCGACUGCUCUAGUUACUGGACUGAAUUCAUCGCAGUUUUGAGCAGGAAUGCAGUUCAGUAAAGAAUGUCUUUUUUUCUCCCCCGCCCCCCCUUUCCCUCCUCCCCCUCUGGCUUUGAAUAAGGAUUUGAUCCCAAAUACAGUACUCUUAAUGACGCUUGUUCUACCUUUCGUUGGAGAGCAAUCUUGAAUACAGCAUUCACAUAUGCUUUAGAUUUGUUUCAUUAUUACCUGUCACAAGAAUGAAUGCAAUCAAAUUUUUAAUGUAACCGAACAGACUUUAGCACCUUUUUUUUGCUUUCGACUGGGUCAUUUUAAGGCAAAACUGAUUUGUAUCUUCGAGAUUUGGUUGUUUUCUUCCAAAUGACUGCACUAUAUGUAUGCAUAAGAACACUUUUCCUUUCGCCAUCUUUCCGUUUUUCCCCUUUUCGGUAGCCAUCCGGAUGAUGUCUCGUGUCUUCGGAUGCCGAAUUGAUUUCGAUCGACUAGCAUCUCUUUUCCUUCCAUGUCUUGAUGUUAUGCAGAAAGUACAGAAGUACUUUAAAAUUUUGUUAUGAAAAAGAUGGGUUUUGUAAAAAAAAAAAAAAUAUUUUUAGCAGAACAGGACUUACAGGGUCAUCGUCCCCGCAAUGUGCCAGUUGACAAUUUGCACUUACCUGGUCCUAUUUAUCCAUACGGAGGUGUGCAAUUUCUCGUGUCAUCAGCCUUGUGACACUGAACAUGAACAAAUUGUAGUGGAAGCCAUUAUGGCAGAUCCAGUAAUAUUGCUAAGGGAGACAUACAGGGAUCUCACAACGAAUAUUCUGAUACAAUACUCAACCUCGGUAUAUAUAUAUAUAUGUAUAAAUAUAUGUAUAUCCCAGUGGCACUUUAUACUCUUCACUGUACAAAAAGCUUACAGUUUUCCACGAGGACUUUAAUAACUAGCUGGGAAAAAAAGAUUAUGUAAAAUUACUUUGGGGCUCUUAGCGGUAUAGUACCCUCUUUCUGUUGUGCUAUUAGUUGUAGCUGCCAUGCUCAGAAUUGCCUUUUUGAGAGCUGAAGCAAGGUACUUGUUGCUCACCUCUGCCAUAUAUAUUGUACUCCGGCCCUAGCUUCAUUUUAGGGCUGUCAUUGUUCAUAAUGGCAUAUGCAUUUUUCCACUGCAUUGUGUCUGCAGCUUCUUUGCAAUAUAGUAAUGCUUUCAGUAGAGUACUAGAUAGUAUCAGUUUGGGAUUCUUAUUGUUAUCACCUAUGUACAAUGGAAAGGGAUUUUAAGCACAAAUCUGCUGCUCAUCUAAUGUUGGUACAUAAUAUCAAAAGUUAUCUGUGACUAUUAUAUAGGGAUCACACAAAAAAGGUGUCACAUAUUAGAAUGCUGACCUUUCAUAUGGAAUUAUUGUGAGUCAUCAGAGUUUAUUUCUUCUAACUUAUUGUUCAUAUUCAUUUCUAAGUUAAUUUAAGUAAUCAUUUACUAAGACAGAAUUUUGUAUAAACUAUUUAUCGUGCUCUCUGUGGAACUGAAGUUUGAUUUAUUUUUGUACUACACGGCAUGGAUUUGUUGACAUUUUAAUUUUGCUAUAAAUGUGUGGAAUCACAAGUUGCUGUGAUACUUCAUUUUUAAAUUGUGAACUUUGUACAAAUUUUGUCAU